AUGAUAGUCUCAUAACUUGGAUAUUCAAACAAAUAGUUAGAGUAGUUAAAGUUUUAAUGUAAUUUAAAGUUGUUAUAGAGAAGAGUAAUUAUGUUGUUUGGCUUUCCUUCAAUAAAUAUAGAAAGUGACAAAAUUCAUGCUUAUUUAUAAGGAAUACACACUUAAAGUGAAUUUGAAUAACUUAAAAAACUUAGAGUUUUAAUAAGUUUCAUAGGAGAAGUUACAUAAAUAAAUGCUUGGGAUGAUAGAUGUCAAAUAAUUAAAUAGAGAGUGCUAUAAUUUUUUAAUAUUCAAGGAUUAGAAAUUAGGUGGAGUGAUUAAUAAUGGUUAAAUGAAAUUGAUUCCAUUGUAACAUUUAGGUUUAACAAUCCCUAUUAUGAUACAAUUCCAAAUAACAUCUUUUCUUAUAUAAGUUUAUUCAAUAUUCUCGGCAUAAAAUUACCACAAGAAUUGAAAUAUCUUAAACAUCAAUCAUUCAAAUAAAUACAGACUUCUAAUCUAAUAGAUGAUUUUCAUUUGUUAUGUAACAUUGAUGAAUUCAAUCUUGUUAGGAAAAUAAGAAUAUUUAUUCAAGAUAUUACAGAUAGACUUAAUGAAUUUAUGACACUAAUAAUUAAUCUUGAAACUUUGCAUAGUUUUGAUAUAUAAAGUAUAAAAAAUCAUUAUUCAACAUUAUGUGAUGAAUUAUAGAAUAUCCUUAUCUCUUUUACUCCUACAGUAAUUAAUCAAGAUAAAACUAAAGAUUUAAAAAAAUAACUAUUAGUUUAAGAUCAAAAUCACUAAGAAAAAAAGCCAUAAAUAACAUUAAAAAAAACUAUACUUACUAAUUCUUCAACCACAAUCAUUUAAAGAACUUUUGAAACAAAAACAAAGAAGUAAAAAAAAAAAAUAAAAUAAGAAGAUUACUUAAAUUGCAGAUCAUCUCUUUUAUAUUUAAGUGAAAAUGUAGAUAAUAGUUUUACUUAAAUUAGAUAGAGUUAAAAUUCAUCCCAAAUUUAUGAUAAUGAGAAUAAUAAUGGCUUAAUAUCAUAAGCUUAAAAUUAAUUAUUAAAUAAUGCAGAUUUUUAAUAAUUUAAAAUUAUAGAAUAUUCUUUAGAAAAUAUAAAAUCAAAAAUAUUAACCUAUGAAUAUAUUCAAUAUAAGCUUGAAUAAUUAGGAUAUCCAUGUAUUAAUUUGAAUGAAAAAUAUCUAAUAUCAGUUUUAUAAGAAAAUAAACUCUUCAAUUAAAAUAAGAAAACUUUAAUUGAAAAAUUAUUUAACAUUAUAUCAGAAUCUUUUAUUUUUAACAAUAGUUGUUUAGAUGUUAACAAAUAAAUAAGUGAUUAAGCCAUAAAAUAUCUAUCAUAAAUAUCAAUCCAUUAUCCUAAAAAAGAAUUUAAUCAAAUUUUAAAAGCAUAAUGCAUUCUAAAAUCAAAAAUGUAAGAAUAUGAUAAUUUCAAGAAUUAAAAAUUCUCUUAUGAAAAAUUAUCAUAGAUAUUAAAUCGUAAAUUCCCUUAAUAAGUAUAUUAAAUAAAGUGUUCAUCAACAAAAGCAAUAUUUUAGUAAUGGGGUAUUAAUCAAUUACUUGAUAUUUUUAAUUUUUAAGAUCUACAAAAUAUUAGAGUUACACGAUCAUAUAUUAAUUAAGUUUGUACUUGCUUAUAGGAACUGAUUAAUUUUAAAGAAUAAUUGUAAUCCAAUAUUAAUGUAAUAUAAGAGUUUAUGUAAAUAGAAAAAUAAUUCUUAGAUGUAAUAAAUUAACCCUUAAAUUUUCAUAUAGAUUCCUAAUAUGAUUAGAAUUAAAAUUUAAUGCAUUUACAAUAUUUUAUAGAUGAUGACAUAUUUAGUGAACAAAUAAAAUAAUAAAUAUUAUAAAUUUAGGAUAUUGAUAUAAUUAAGGAGAUGGCUUAAAAUUAAGAAAAUGACAAAAUUUAUAAAUUAAAUUAAACUGAUUUUUAUAUGUUUAAUCUAAAUUACAUAAACAUACAAGAUUAGUCUAAUUUUUUAUACUCUCAUAAUUAAUUAGACUCUCCCAGAUUUAGUUUUAUCAAUAAAUCACAACAAUAGUCAGAUGAUCAAUUAUUAGAUUCUUACGAAGAAGAAUUUUAUUCUUGA